CACCAGUACGUAAGUAGGUACGGAUGAUAAAAUAGUUUAAUCUUCGUAAUCUUUAUCAGGAACAUUGCAAAACAUCUCCGAAGCAUCACUUCGAUUUGCUGAUUUUUUGGAAAUGACGGCACAGACUUGAUACAACGAUGAGUGUGUAAAUAAAAUAAAACAACGAUCUCUUGAAGUUAGUUUAAAUAGUGGCAGCAGUAACAUGUAUAUCCAGAAACUAAAGUUCAGUUAAGCUUACCCAUUUCCAGGAGUAUCUGAACUGGUCUCUAAUCCGGGCGCAGUUAUGUACUCUGGCCAUCUCAGUCUCGUUGAACGCGAGCUGGCGCGUGCCCCGAGACAGUUUCCGCUUCGGCGGGGCGGUGUACCUGGUGGUCUACACGGGGGCCUGUCUGCUGGUGGCGCUCCCGGCCGCUCUCAUGCAGCUGGCUGUCGGGCAGUUGAGUCAGCAAGAUGCUGUUGGCAUCUGGCGAGCGGUGCCAUUCUUCAGAGGUGUGGGCUACGUUCGUCUGGCUACGUCGUUCCUGACAGCCGUAUACUCAGCAGUGUACGUCGCUCUCUCCGCAGCCAUGUUUUUGUACACGCUGCGGAAUGGCAUUCCCUUUUCUGAAUGCAUCGAAUAUGUCGACACUCCGGAUGGAUAUCUGAAUAUUUUCAAUGCGAGCGAAUGUUUAAAUGAAACAUUUUUGGCUCCUGUAACUGAGAAGCCUGAAUACUACAUCGCAGUUUCUUUAAUGAUUAUUGUCGUAUGGAUAUCUUUUCCUUUUGUUCUAUACAGCCCAGUUAAAUCCAUGCGCAUAUUCUUCUACAUCCUGGGCCCAGCCGUACUGCUGCUCAGUGUAGUGGUAGCUGCUAACAUCGGGACCACGGACGUCUGGUCCUUCCACGAUAGCUCUGAUUGGCUGGCGGUGGCUCAGCCGCAUGUGUACUACGCGGCCCUGACGCAAGCCCUGAUGUCCACUCAGCUGAGCGGCGGAUACCUGGUCGCUGUUGGGGAUACAGUCUACUCCGGCCGGAAUGUUGUUUGGGUGGCGGUAACCCUAGUAUCCUCAACCGUGGCGGGCGGCUGGCUCGGCAGCCUCUUCUGGUUCUCCACUAGCGGCUCGCCAGCCGACGGCGGCGUGGCGGCAGUGCUAGUACAGGCAUAUUCCAGCGCCGCAGACCGAGGGUUGGGGCUCGCGUGGCCGGCGCUCACGUUGGCUGUGCUGGUGCUGUCUGGGUUCAUUAGUUUGAUAACCCUGCUAUUCCCGAUCUACGACCACUUCCGUCGCGUGGUCCACGGCAACUGGCGGCUGGCGUGCCUGGGCGCAUCGGUGGCGGGGGCGGGAGGCGCGAUGCUUGCUCUGGGCGGGCGGCUGCCAGUCCUCGGCCUCUUGGAUGAGGACGUCGUGCCGGCGAUGGCCAGCGCGGCCGCCGCCGUCGAGGUGUUCGCCUUUGUUUUUGUUUAUGGCUGGAAGACACUAGUAGCCGAUAUAGAGUUUCUAAUAAGCAACAGCAUAUCGAAGUGGUGGGUGGUAUUCUGGUUCCUAUCUCCCGUGGUGAUAGUUUCAGUGACGUCGUGGUACAUCACAGAGGCUGCCAGAGACCUGGAGGAGCCCUGGACGCUCGUAGUGACGUGCGUGGCUGUUGCAGCGGUGGCGGUCACUAUUGUUGUGUUCGCAGGAUUUGCUGUUGCUAGACAAGUGCAAUACAACCUUUUGUGGAAAGUGAAAUCGUCGUUCAAGCCGUCCCGUCACUGGGGUCCGCGGGACCCUAUCAGCCACUACUACUGGCUGACCCGUCGCGAAGAGGUGGCCCGGGGUAGCCUGCCUCCCACGGCAUAUGCAGCAUGGAGGCUCGGCCACUCCGGCGCUGGCAGCAUCGUGGACAUACGACCAGCAGACCAGGCCUCUCUAGACAACUACAUCCAAGACAAACCGAGGUCCAACUCUGACGACUUAUUUUGGACCACGCAACGCAAAGACUACCUGAAGUCACUACAUGAGGACGGCGGGCCGGAGAAAAAGAGAUCGAAAUCCCUGGAUUAUUCGCAAAUAUUCAACUUUAGUUGUAAAGUGAGAACGAUUGCUCUUGGUGCACUCGACAUCCAUGUGCCAAGUGGUGGGGUCAAGGGAGGGAAUGUGGACCAUAGAGACUGUAAAGUACACAAGUUUUAACGUUAUUUUUAAAUACAUUAAAUUAAAUAAUUCCACGUAAUUUGAAAUAAAAGAGUUGGGCGAUUACGGAAACCAUCGUGAACCUACUUUGACUCGAAUACGUAUGUUCUGGCAAACUUUAAACCAGGAAAUACACAUUUGUCUUCAUUUAAGUAUUUAGAUAAGCAAUUUCCUUCCUAAUAGCUACAGUUGUUUAAGUCACGAGGUUUUUAACUAAUUUAAGAGCAGGACUUAAAUUCGUAUGCUUAGUUAGAAUAAUUAUACUCAUGAAAUCACGUCUAUGUUUUUCCUAAACUGAGGAAAUGUUCGUAACUUUGUAAACUAGUUUAAGUAGUUAGGUACUUAUAUUGUAUAAUUAAAUAGAUCAUUUUAAUUUAUCAAUAAAAAUAUAAAAUCUUA